AUACUCCCACCAAACUUCUUCACAACGAAUCUGCUCAUUGCUUAGCAAGUCUUUUCUUGACGAUGACUGUAAUUUUUGACAGAUACAUGUGCAUACUAUUGCAAAGCGCGUUGUAAAUUCACGUUUCGGAACAAAUUUUACGAACAAAGUUGCCGGAUUUUAACUGUACUACAAUUCCGCCGUUUUCAGAGAACCGAGAAUCAGCAUAAAUCAUGCAGAAUUAUUACUGAUCGCUCUGUGCUAUGUUUGUGACACUCCCGGAAACACUUGCUGCCUUGAUGUGAACUUCAGCAACAACUGAAUUGUUUUGCUUCAAAACUAGCGAAAAUUCUAUUCCCUGGAGUAAAUACAGCUGAUUUUCUUGAUCGUCCUUGGCGGUAUCCAUUGACGACAGCAAGAUGAAGCCAUCAGCUCCAGCAAUCCCGCUCAUCCUAGGAUUGUCUUUGCUUGGAGCUAGUGGAGCUUACUUGUACAUGCUGUUUAAGAAAAGGCGAUCGAACGCGACUGGCGAUUUGGUGGAUUUCUUUACGAGAAGUACAUCCAAACAGGACGCUCCUGUGGCGGAAAUUGUCAUACCGAACAGUCUCAUCCCUUUGGUGAUCGGACGCAAGGGCUACACGUUGCUGCACAUUCAACAGUCUACCGGAGCCAGUAUUAAUUUCGUUGACCACGAUGAAUCUAGUCAGCUGUGCCGCAUUCAGGGUCCAUCGCAAGCUGCCGUCGAGAAGGCGAAAGAAAUGGUACUGAAGGAAACGUCAAGGCCCAUAACCAUUACGGAGGAGGUGAUUGUACCGCAGGCUGCUUGUGGAAAGAUUCUUGGCCGCUGCGGAGAUGAACUGCAAGAAAUUUGUCGCAAAUCAAUGGCUAAAGUGUGGCUCGAAGGUCGGGCUAGAAGUGAAACGGAACGGCGGGUCAUGAUAACCGGUACUGCCUCCCAGAUAAAGGUAGCGAAGGAGCUCAUUGCGCAGAAGGUGCGGGAAGAUCAUGAUAGCAAAAAAAUGCUCGCCGACCCAACCCGUCAGACGCGAGAGCCCCGCAUCAGGACGCCCCCGACAAGCUCUGCUCCAACGCCGGUACCAAGUGACGGAGGGAUGAAGCUGAACUCGACUUCACCGAAAAUAUGCGUCGAAAAACGAAACUCGUCCAGCUUUGCCGCAGGUCAGAUGGAAGUAUUUGUAUCGACCAUUGUGUCCCCGAGCAAAUUCUACGUCCAGCUGGUUGGACCACAGUCGACCGAGCUGGAUUUGCUCGUGCUAAGCAUGACUGAGUACUACAACCAGAACCAGAACCGCGAACUUCACCGGCUUCGAAAACCUUACCUCGGACAGAUAGUGGCGGUCGAGUUCAAUGCAGACAACAAAUGGUAUCGGGCCGAAAUCAGUGCCAUCUUACCGAACGAAUACAAACCAGGGGAGGUGGUGCUCGAUCUGUUUUUCGUCGAUUAUGGCGACAAUCAGUAUACAAACCCGAACGAAGUGUACGAACUCAAGCCCGAUUUCCUAGCAUUACGAUUCCAGGCGAUAGAAUGUUUCCUGGCCAGGGUAGAACCCACCCAGCAAUCCAAUCUGAUGCCUGACCCCGCGUCUGCUACCGGAGAAGAAGAGUGGGAUCCGGUUGCUGUGACCAGAUUUGAAGAGCUAACAUAUGUGGCUCAGUGGAAAAAAAUUGUUUCAAAAAUUGUUACUUACCGGAACAGCAAGAGCUCACUGCACGGUCGCGAAACGUCACCCAUUCCAGGCGUGGAACUGUACGAUACGGCGCCCAACGGUAUGGAUCAAAUCAACAUCGCCCAGCAGCUUAUUACAGAAGGGCUGGCCCGUCCUGCUAGCAGCGAGGGGCUGAAUGAACUCUCACGGAGCCAGCUCUUUCGGUUGGGUUUAACGAAUGGAGCAGAUGGCAGCUCUUCCCAGUCAUCAAGCAUUGACAAGGUGGACGAUGUGAGCGCAUCCAGCAGUACGUCCGCCUCGACGGUAGUUUCGUCCGGGGUGCAUAUUAAUGGAACGGGCCAAACUUGCCCGAAGGGUGAGCAGCAGCAGCAACAACAACUACAACAGUCGGUGCGUUAUAGAAGUUUGGCCAAUGGAGCACACUGAACGAGAUGUUUCAAGGAAUCCCACAAUCGAACGAGUGUACCAAAUAGGCAUAGGUGAACAUUUUUAUUUUAUUCCAUACUCCACUGUCGUUUCGUUCGAGGCGAUUUGCUUGCCCUUUUUAGUUCCUGCUAUCCAAUUGAUCGCAUUGUACUUAGGCUAGUGUUGUGAAAGGAUGCGUGCUUAGUUGGUACUCUUUAAAAAUUAAACAAAAAGAACAAAUCACAUUACAUUUUAAAUCUGUCGGUUUUAUAGCAAUUGGUUUUAACGUUUCUUAUAGUAUAGAGCAGUUUUAUUUUGCUUAGUAAGAGUUGUUAGUAUUUCAAGUUAUUUUACUCGCCAAUGAACCCCAUUUUGUAGAACAACGUAAGAAGGGCAAUGUAUGUAUUAUAGACAUCGUUAUACAAUCACUUGCAAUCAUCAAUGAUAAAUGGAGCAGGAGCAUUAAAACGAGCUACAAUCUAGACAACAAAUUGUGAUGUCAUUUCUAGAACGAGAGUUGCGUGUAACGUAAACUUGCAGGAAAUUGUAAAAUAUCAUACUAAGAGAGGCAAUAGACAAAUAGAAAAAACGAUAAAAUGAUAAAAGUCAGCAAAAAAAAAUAA